CUGUACCAGUUAAUUAGCCGUGCAAUAACAUCCACGGAAAGUACCCCAGUUAAGAGCAGCAAACGUACUCUCGACACGCCGGACAAAGCCAGUCCAGCAUGGAGAAAAUCCAAAACCGUCCGUGUCAAUUCGCCGGCAGCGAAGUCACCCUCGAUCGAAAGUUCCACGUCGGCAAAGGGCAAAUCAAGAAAGUCUCUCUCUUUCACGGAAAAUCACAUGCCGUCCACUGUAUCGAAAAGGGAAGAUGAGAUGCUACAUCGAUUGAAUAUUGAUGAUUUGCCCAAUGAUGGCAUGAAAAUUGUGUACAUGAACCCCUCAGGAAAUGUGGUUGUCAGAAUACCACGUAAUGAACAGACGAAGGCUGUGGUUAAAAACAUAGCAAUGGAGAAAUGGCGCGAGGCGUCUAACUUUAUUUUGAAACACGAGGACAUUGCACCCGAAAUCAACAAGGGCAUCUCCAAAACUGUGUCAACUGAGUUUAACAUGUACUUAAAAUCGGGAAGUAUGUUAGAAGCCCGAAAUCCGGACGAACUUGCCGGCUUCUCGAACAAGCUGUUCCUGGAAGAGAUACGAAUUUACUGCCCCGUGUGGUUUCAAACUCUGUUAGGCGCAAGUGGACUCGCGGAAGAUGAUGUGAAGGAAUUUGGAAGGGAUGUCAAUUCCCUUGCUUUUGCGACGGCAACUAUCGCUCGCGUGAGAAAUUUUAAAGCCUCAGCGAUACACCAUCGCAUUUCAUCAAUCAUGUUUCACAGCGGGGUAAAGCACGACGAUUUAAUUCGGCUGAAUCGUUUGGGGAUUUGCAUGAGUCCAGACACCAUUGUCAUGCAGCAAAAGAAGAUGAACGAGCAGCUGGAAGGAAAAAUCCGGAUUUGGAAGGCUACAAUUGAGGAAAAUCGUGGCGCGUUAAUGUUAGCUCAAGAAGUCCUCCAGAAACAAGACUCUACCGCACCCAGAGUAGACGUCAGCGCCGCGGUACUCGAACCUUACAAUUCCUACUCAGCUCCCGGCUUCAGAGCAUUGACAGCUAUGCUCAAUAAAGAACUUAAGAACGGAGGGUUGGCUUUCUACAAUGUCAACUGCUUACAAACAGUCAUUGAAAAUCUCCAAACUGCAACACUUCCUUUGUACAAGUACGUAAAAAAUUAAUUUAUUUACUCGAAAGUUGAUGUAAGCUUGAUUUUUCUUUUCACUAUUGAAGUCUGGGCUCUUGGCUUUUCUUUAUUUUUCGUUUCUCUCCUGCGUUACGUGUGAACGUUAUUAUUGUGCAUUUUUUACAUCCGUUUAUAAAUUCGCUUAUUUAAUAAGAAAUCUUUAUACUUGCACAUGAAAAUAUUUUUAAAAAGAUGCUGCGUUUUUGUUGGUGUUUUGGUACACAUGGAUAAGCAAUAAUAAUCUGAAAAAAGCGUUGAGUAUCAGAAUAAUAUAUUCUCUUUGGUCCUCCCACAGACUGGUAGGGGACAACAUUGACUACGAAAUUCAUGCAAGGGUGCAAUCCCAAAAACACAAGAACCGAUCACUCCAUUGGACGCACCAGUUUGCAGUCCUUGACAGAGUUCAAGACCCCACACUGGACACCAACAAAAGCCAGAAGACAGUUGCUGAUAUUCAGUUGUCUGAGAUACUUCCAGACAGAAAUGUUCAGUCACGCCUUGUGAGAAAUUGGGCAGUCAUAGUCAGUAGAGUGGUUACCAAGUACUUAGACCCAUUUAAGCCCUUCCAAGGUUUGGUUGUCAGGCACAUUCCACACAGGUACAGCAAAGAGAUGUCUCAAAAAUCUGACUCUGUAAGUUUAUUUGAGCCUUAAUUAUUUUACUGAAUAGGAUUGAAGCUGCCCUUUGACCUUCAGUAGGGGACAAUGGGUGCCAUUUCACAUGUCAAACUGUAGGUAAUGCAUAUUACUUACCUUUGAUCAACUACUACUGUACUGAUGAGUUUCUGGGGUGGGUCAGGUGCGUAUCCACACUGGUUUCCACCGUUUUAUGGAAAUCACUCAGAGUUUUUAUAAAUAAUUAAAUUUUGCAUUGAAAAAUUUUCCAAGUUAAAAUCUGGCCAAUAUGUUGUCUGAAAUUACUCAGAAACCCAGGAAAAUUGACUUUUGGAUUUCACACGAGUACUUGCCCCUGGACCCACCUAGAAGCUUACACCUUUGGUGCUCAUUUUUGAAAACAGUAUUUAUCCUAGGUCUGCCCCUUUGGGUGGAGUGAGGGUCAAAAUUACACAUUUAUCACUCUGCUCUUUACCAGUAUCCCUGGUUUCCAAAAACAUAAAUCAAUUAAUUUUACCUUGACAACAUUAUAAUCAGUUUCUCUCAAGUGAUAGUUUUAUUGUAUUAUUCUCCUCUAAAUGUGGAUACUUUCUUUGUUUUAGUGUUUUCUUGGGAUGCAGUUUUUAAAUCCAAAUGUCUCAGGAGACAUGGCCCAGCUUCUGCAAUAUAACCAGGAGAAUUAUGUGCCCUGUUUGGCAGUGGGGGCCGAGAGGAGAAUCCUCACCCAGGUGCCUUUCCAUGGCGACCAACUGUUUGAGGAGCGGGCAAGAAAUGUUAUCUGGACCUUUCGUGAUGGAGUAAAUGACUAUGAGAGGCUAGGAGGAAUUGAUACAGAGUUUGCUGACUGGCAUGCUAAGUAUACAUUGUACAAGGUGAGUUGAGCCUAAAGAUCAUCUUAAACAAUGAAAGCAUAUCGAGCAUAAUCUCUGCAUUACUAAAAAAAUAUAAUAUUUAUAUAAUAAUCUUGCAGGCACAAUUAGAUACAUAACUGCAACUACCACUUAAGCCACAUCAUCAUAAUAUUCUACACCCAAUUUUACCAUUUUAUUUCUGACAUUAAUCUAAUAAAAUCAAUUUUUUGUGAAAAAAAUAUUGAAAAUAAUAUUUUUUACAAGAACUUGACAGGGACAAUAAAAAAGCUGACUCCUACAAGCUGUCAAAACUGUAUUCAGUUCAUGGACAGAAAAUUCUACUUUCUUCAAUUUAGACUGAGUUCAAGAUGUUUGUAGACCAUUCCUCUUCAGCUGAAAUAGGUACUUCAAGAGCAAGCAUCAACAGAACUGGCAAGACAAAUGCAGCCAAGGGCGUUGAAAACCACUACAAUGAGUACAGUGAAUUCCAUGCCAGAGAGAUUGAGGCACACAUAUGUGCAUCUUUCAUGGAAAUGGUUGGAAUGCAUAAAAUUUCAGGUAAGAAAGCAUUUUGAAAGACUGAUAAUCCACAUUCAUCAGAGAUGCACAUACUAACGUACAGGCUUGAAUAAAACAGACUAGCUUAAAAGCAUAAUGUUUUUCAAAGGUGUGCCCAUGCAGCUCAAAGCUUGGUUUACACCUUUGUUUGAAAAAAAAAAGAGGCUGUGAAAACAUUUGAAUCUAAGAAUGAUGUAACUUCAUGUUAAAAGAAUAUUACAACAAUUUCUUUACAACUGUAUUAAUUUAUAAUAUAAUUCUUAUUUUGCUUUCCAUAAAUGUAGAUAAACCAGGUAUACCAGUACCUGAUGCAUCACUCUCCAGACAGACAAGGGCUAAGUGGCUUCUAGAAAUAUGUGAGGAACAUGUGAACAAAUAUGUACUUAACAAAGAUGAGCUGACAUCCUUAAUUGCACAAACCACUGAACUGGAACAGGCACUCAAUCAAGACUCGACGUGGACCUGCCGAGCAGAUGGCUGUGGUAGGACCUAUGCAUAUCACUCUGGAAGAGUAAGGUAAUGAAUAAUUCGAGUAAUUUAUAGUUAAUUAUAUUGGAUACACAGAAUGAAAUGGUGCCAGCAGAUAUGAAUAUAGGUCAUACCUACUGCCUUGAAGACAUGAAGAUUAUUUUACAAACAUAACAGAUGGAGUUACUAAAUUACUUUAGUUUAGGGGCUUGGAAAAAAAGCAAGAGGCUUAAAAUAAUAUUACUGUGCAACUGAAAAUUAUUUGAUAUGCAAUAAUAGUUGACAUUACUUAACUAUUGCAGGCAUGAAGUUGAGGUGCAUGACUUGUCAUUUGACAGUGGUCAAGAUGUUAGAGAUCCAUAUGGCUACUACUACUGUAGAGUACGGUGUGGAUUUGUUUUCAAGACCAAAGCAACAAGAAACAGGUAGGGACAAAUUUUAUAAACACAGGUUGUUGACCUAGAAUCUUCAAUUGAGGCACUUGACCAGUUGUUAAAAUUGUUAUUAAGAAGGUAUUGAUAUUCUUGGUAGGCAUGAAGAGCAACAACAUGGCCAAACAAUUGUUGAUAAUGACAAUCUACAGGAAGAAGGCCGAGAAGACUACAUAUUCAACUAUCAUAGUGCUAAGCUUGCAUUCGGAUUGGUCUUAUUUGAAUUCAAUGAUGCAGUUAAGGAGGGUGAUGGUGAAAGGCUGUUUGACCUCUAUAAAUUAGCAUUGUUGCUCUACAAAACCCACCAUCACUACAAGUAUGCAUAUGCAGUACUCUUGUACCUGGUUAAGUGCAUUGCCAUACUUCCCCCAUCCCAGGCACUAAGGUUGAAGUGGAACCGUUUCUUCAAUGUCAGUGGCCUCCCUGGACGAAACAUUCCCCUAGACUUGAAAAAAGAGCAUGACAACAAAGACAUAAAAAGCAUGUGGCGUAACCUUGGUGCUAACCUUGACGAGCAGAAUGCUGAGAGGACAGCCGGAACAUUGGGAGCAAUACAGCUUGUCUAUCAUUCAGUUGACAGAGACUGUUCUGUAAAAGAACAGCAUUUUGGAAGAAAAACUCCUAAAGAAGAGGAAGCUGUUAACCAAGUCAUUGUUGACCUGCUAUGUAAUGAAGCCUUUCAAAGGACACCUGGUAGAGAGGGUUAUGCAUCUUUUCCCAAGUUCGAACGAAGCAUCCUACAUGGUCUUGACUACAGGGAUUUGCACAAGUGGCUAAAAGAACACAUUGACCUGUGGGGUUCAAUAUAUCAACAGGAAAGAUAA